AAACAACAGAAAAGUAGCGUUUCAAUAUCGCAGAGGGUUAAAACUUUGACCCGCGGUCGCCGUUUCUGGUGUUUUGUCGAACGGUCACCGCGAUGUUGUGUUUGUUAUCGGGCCUGGCUUAGACCACACGUUAGCAUGUGCUAGCAGAGGCUAGUUAGCUCUGUGUACAGCAACGGUGGUUGAGCUACAGGCUCGUGACGUGGUUUUUUCCCACGACCAUAUUCACACACUGUUGGUUUUAUUUAUGUUGACCACUGACACAAGGUCACACAACAUUUAGACAAGCAUGUGUUUGUGUGUAUUAAAUGCAGAUUGUGUGUGUGGGAAUUUAGGCCUGCACACUCACAAUGAACUUCCAUCUUCAGGAGUAGAGUCAAUAUUAAUUUGGUGAAUUUAUAGCAACAUUAGGUGUGUUUUUUUUUAUCAGCUGUUUUUAAAACAUACUUUAAAAAAAAUAAGUAUCACAUUGAUGUUUGGAUACCUGACGGAUGUGUAAAAGUUAUCGCAAUCAAAAGAUGUAACUGCAAAAAAACAGACUGAGUGAGGGUAAGAAAUCAUAUGACUAAUGGGGCGUUCCAUUUACAUCAGUAGCCGGUUGCUGCAACAAAUGGAUUAGCUGAAAAUCAAUUUGUGGAUCUGUUGCUUCUCUGAAAUGCGCUGAAAUUUACCAGUGAAAACUAUAUGUUGUAGACCAGUAAUUGUAAAACGCAAACACAAAUGGGAUUGGGUGUUAGUGGGUUUUCAACCAUGAUGUAAGUAUUUUGUAUUUUAGGUGGUUCUCACAAAAUUAACAUUACUGUCAGCUGCUCUUGUGGGGGCCCCAUUUCAGCUUUGGAUUCCCAGGUGAUUCCCUGCUCUUCCGACCUUGUUCUGACACCCCCAGUUUGAGUCAAGUCAUUAAAUAUGAUACAGAAAACUAAGUUUGAGUUACACAUUUGCAACAAACAAGGAUGAAAGGAGUUUAUAACCCUGGAAACGCAUUUAUCAUUUGUUUCAGCAGUCAAGGUUGUGUAUCCGGCUGGUCUACCAUGUGAGCAUCUGGAAUAUUCCAUUUACCACCACCACCGUAUUGCUAGACUCUCUGUCUACCGUUUGUCCUUUUAUUUACCCAAACAUUUGUAAAAGAUCAUAAUUUCGGGUUUAACGAUGAGUAUAUUGUUAGUCGAGGAAAGAUGACAACAGCAAAAACAUAGUGUGUCCAUUGUUCUCCAGUGUUUGAGGACUAUCUGGUUCUAUGCACCUUGUCCUAGACUCUGAACUUGGAUGCGUCACCUCAACAUCUCCUUGUUUGACUUUGUGAACACAAGCUUCUCCAAGUGUUGGCUGUAUUUGAAAGGGAAGAAGUUGAAGUCCUUGAAGUGUUUUUAAAUCAACAGCCAGUGGGUGCACAAGACUCUUUCCUUGAUUCAUUGUCCUUUUUUAUUUAUCCACGUGUCAUUUCAGACACUUUUUUUGAAAUUCAAGUUUGCCAGAUGUUACAUUUCACAUCACGCUGUGUCUGUCUGUUGGUGCUAGUCCGAUCAGAGAUUAGCAUGGAAAUAAGUGACAUGGUUCCGGAUGUUUCCCGCUAAUAGCUGUGACCUUAUUUUAUCUCUGUCUGUGCUUUGUUUGUUUUGCCCUCCUUCUCCUUUUUGCUAGUGACGACCAAGAAGUAAAAAGAUCCAGAGGAAGCGUCAGAGGACCUACCAGGACCUAAUGGAUUUUACCCAACCAAGAAGCUGAACUUCAGUCCGGUUCAAUUACCCCUUUGUUUUUAUUUUAUUGUUUUUUUUUUUUUUUCACCACAUCUUCCAAUUUGCUUUUGAGACUUGUGGUUCCCCUUUUCUGUGGUGCUUCAGGGGCCCGAACAAGCCCCUGAUUUAGUGGGCUUAAAGGGAGCCUGGUCCUGAUUGGACUAUAUCUGCAUCCCAGUGGCUGGAUGCUCUGACUGAUGCUGAUUAAUAACAUGCUCCUUGUUAUCAGUUGAGUUGUGAGUUCGUAGCCAGCUCCCGGCAGCCCCACUAAACCGCAUCACCUCCUCGUUGACUGAUACAGUGUUAAUAUUUUUGAAAGUGCAAAAACCAUGUCCCAUCAUCUUUAUGACCCUUUUGCUGCUGAUAACCAAAGUGCCACCCAGGGACAAUAUGGACUCUCUGGCAUGCAGGAGAGGGACCCCCGGAGAUUACCUUCUCGCCUCGGACCUGAGCCGAGCUUCAGUUCAUCUGGGGCUGCUUCUGCCACUCCCACCAACUCUGGGGGGAUGGUCCCACCACUGGCUCAGUCAGUGAGCUACAGGACUGAGCAGAGUAGGACCAGAGUUGAUGAGGACCUAGAGCGGUCUGUGGACAUGCAUAUUAGCAGAGCCAGAGAGGAAGCAAGGUUUCUUGGCCACCCAGAUCAUCCGCUCUCAGGUCACGGCACUCGCUUCACCAGCUCUCAGAGAGAGGAGUAUCAAUCCUCAGACACACGGACAACCUCCUAUCCCAUCUCCUCCACUUCUGCCUCUCAGGGCCACAGGCACUCAGAUGUUGGAAGGAGCAGAAGCUCAAUGGACUGGUUGUCAAGCUUUAAAAGGCCAACCGUUGAUGAUUCUGCUAAAUGUUAUGCAUCACCUGUUUCAUCGACCUACACAAGCAGUGGUGAUGGUAGAUUUAGUACUCCCACAGAAAGAGAAUGUGAUGUUCAGUCCAUUCCAGGACUUGGAGGCUAUGACUAUACUGCAACAGACAAAUCUGAUGAAUCCAGCGAUACAAGUCAACCCAAGUACACCUCCCAAACUGCUACUGACAUUCUUUCACGCUUUGGACUUGAAAAAGAGGACUUGGAAUAUCUCAUUUCAUACCCUGAAGAUCAGUUGACCCCUACCAACCUACCGUUCAUCUUGCGCCAAAUCCGCGUGGAGAAGGCAAAGAAAUCAAUGACUCCAGUUCAGUCAAGCUCCUACCCCGAUCCCCAACCCGUCAGAAGUUCUUCAGGAUCUUCAGCUGUUCUCCAGCCCCCUAAAGUGAUUGACUAUGGACAUACUGGCAAAUAUGUUAGCGGGGUUUUGGAUGACAUUGGAAGGACGAGUGGCAGAAGUGCUAGCAGUGGUGGGAGUGACAGUAUGUUGUUGGACACUUGUGAGCAGCGUCCAAGCAGCAGCGGUCAAGAACCACCAAAAAAAGGAAUUGCUGAGAUUAAAAUCAGUACUUUGGUCUCUUCACGUGACAAGAGUACUUCUGUUAAUAGUCUCAGCUCUUCGUACAACACUGUUGCUCCCACAAGCACUGAACCACGAGUCCAGACUAGUUCCGUUACUAGUCUCAGCUCUUCGACCCAACCCAAUCAGACAUCUCUACCCGGCUUUCACCCUUUCGCUCUGCCAAAGAAAGACACAGACAGACGAGUCUUCACUUCUGAAUCUAAACCCCUUCCAUUCAAGGAACCCGAGGCAGAAACAAGGCCAAAAUUGCCGCUUCCCUUCCCUACGUUGUCAAGUGGGAAUCCUGGUCGAUGUGGUCUUGUGCUCAUUGACAAGACUUUCAAUAGUGGCACCAAGGAUGCAAGUAAAACUCAAGGACAUGAGUCCACAGUUCCCAAGCAAAUGACGAAGGAGCAGAGGCAGAAAAUUGAGCAGAAACAGGAGCAGAAGCAGAAACAGGAGAAGCAGAAACAGGAGAAGCAAAAACAGGAACAGAAGCGGAAACUGGAGGAGAAGCAAAAACAGGAGCAGAAGCGGAAACAGGAGGAGAAGCAAAAACAGGAGCAGAAGCGGAAACAGGAGCAGAAGCAAAAACAGGAGGAGAAGCGGAAGCUGGAGGAGAAGCGGAAACAGGAGGAGAAGUGGAAACAGGAGCAGAAGCACAAAUCUGAGACGAUAAAGAUAGAACAGACACAAAAACCAGUGCAACCGUUUUGGACUGCAGUUUAUCCACCUGUGCCCAUCAUCCCCAGUGCCACUGUCCAGUACUCUAGUCCAGUUUUCUUAUCCGGUGGUGCUCGGCCCCCUGGUUUUCCUCCAGCUUCACUUCAGCAAAAUACUACCCCAUGGAAGUACUUUGAUUUCCUGAAGCAGCACUUGGUAAAGGUCCCUGGUGUUCAGGAUCGGCCAACACCAGCCAUGAUGCAUGACUAUGCAGCAGCUUCACCGAAAGUCUUUCCACACACCUGUUCCCUGUGUUUCACAGAAUGCAGGAAUAUACAGGAUUGGAUCUCCCAUCAGAACACCAACCUCCACCUUGAGAGCUGCAGAUACCUGCGGACACUAUACUCACAGUGGAAUGGUGAGAUAGUUCUCGAGUCCAGUGCUGCUGGAAAAGAUGCUAAGUCCUCAACUUCUGCGAAGAAUUCCCAAAAAAGUCAACGGAAAUCCAGUCAUGGAAGUCGCUCCCACUCCCGCUCUCGUUCCCGUUCCUGGUCCCGGUCCCCUAGCUCUCGUAGGCGCCGUCGUUCGGAAGGAAGAAGAGCCAAUCGCAGCCGAUCUCGAUCGUGCAGUUCCAGAUACUCUCGUUCUCGCUCUCGCUCCCCAUAUUAUGACCACCGUCGGUCACGUUCAAGGAGUCAUGAGAGACGAAGGAGGAGUAGCGAGAGACGAAGUAGUGAAGAGAGACGGUCCUCCCUGAGAAGAACCCGCGACAUACGAUCGUCGCCAAGGAGCCGCGACAGACGUUCGUCGCCAAGAAGUGAAGAGAGAUGGUCCUCGUCUGGGAGGAGCGAAGAGAGGCGGUCGUCACCAAAAAGAAGCCGCGAAAGACGAUUGUCGCCAAGGAGGAGAGACGACAGAUGGUCCUCGCCAAGGAGUGACGACAAACGGUCAUCUCCAAAGCGAAGCAAUGAAAGACGAUCUUCGACGGAGAGGUCGCCUCAACUGAAGCGGUCGAGCAGUGCCGAGAAACUAGUGAAGAAACUGCUGGAAAAAACAGCUAAGCAAUCUCUAUCAAAAGAGUCAGACUUGGAAGCCGUGGUUAAAACUCUACUUGCUGAGAUAACCAAGAAGAAGCCCUCUUCCUCCUCAUUUUCUUUGUCUGCUAAAAGGACACAGCCAAAGUCUUCUACUUCUGCUGGGGCUAAGAGUUCAGCCUCAGCUGCCUCCUCUUCAUCAUUGUCCUCCUCCUCAGCACCAAAGAAGUUGGCUAAAGCAUCUCCUCAGCUCUCCACCAUGGUGAAGCUGGAGGGCAUCGUAAGUUCACACUCUCACGGUGACAUCGUCGCUGCCGUGGAGCGUUUUGGAAAAACCAAAUCGGUCGUACUGUUUCGGCAACAGGCAAAGGCUCAUGUGUUUUUCGAAAAUUGCAAAGAUGCACAUAAACUGAAGAGCGCAAAGAUCAUUGAUGUAAGUGGAAUCUCACUGACCGCUGGGACCCUGAGCUUCACAAAGAAGGACAGGCAAAAGGCGGCUCUUCUGAAGAAACGUGGGAAGUUAUCGGCCUCCAAACCUCAAACGACUAAAUCCUCCAAAUCCGCCAUAACGGCUCUUCUCUCCAUACCAGCUCUUCUUCCCACACCAGGCUUUCGCCCUUCAUCAGGUCUUCUCCCGACACCAGGCUUUCCCCCUUCACCAGGUCUUCUCUCAACACCAGGCUUUCCCCCUUCACCAGGUCUUCUCCAGACACCAGGCUUUCCCCCUUCACCGGGUCUUCUCCAGACACCAGGCCUCAGAGUUCCGUCCAGGGCCCGUAAAAAUCCUCCAACCCAUCAAGCCAAGAAAAUCACAACAGGCAAAUGUCUGAAAAAGAAAACCGUGAAAGGCUCUGUUAAAGGCUCGACCAGCGUCACUAAAGCAAAGGUCUUGGUUUUCAAAGCGAAAAACAUCUCAAAAUCUCCAGAACACGUCUCUAAAAGGAAAAAACCUGUCAUGCAGCGGAAACGGUCGGCCGCAGUUAAUGAAUCAGCAAACAUGACCCAGAUCCGAGUCCCAGAAACAAUCACAGAGUUAAAGGUCAAAGUGGAAACAGCCUCAACUUCACAGGAAGCUGAAACACCAGUGGAGAAAUUUAUCUUAAAAGAAGAGGUGGAAGAAGUAACUGCAGAACAAAAAAAUGUACCGGCAACAUCCACGGUUUCAGAAAAUCCCCCUGAUGCAGAGACUUCCAAAUCACAGGAAUCGAUCGAGAUUGAAUCUAAUGUUCAACCGUCUAUGGUGACGCCUGAAGGCUUGGUCCAGGUUGAGAUGGGCAAGGUGGCCGUUUCAAGUGCUCAAGUGAAGCACCAAGCAGAACCAGCCAAAGCUAAUGUUAAAGUAGAAGAUGCUCAAGAUGCAGAACCAAUGGAGGCUGAAGGAAAAGGAGCUGAAGUGUCAGAGCCCAUGGAAGUAGAAUCUUGUGCUGAGGGCAAUGGAGAAGAACAGACAAACACAGAGGCUGCACCAGAAAAAGCCGACGAGAAUCGACUACCAACCAGUGCUGAUGAGACCAGGGCAGAUUUGUCAGCUGUUGAGACUCCUGCUGUUCCACCUCAGAACCAAGGGGCAGCUCCUGAACCGCAGACUGACAUUGAAACUCCAGAAACUUCUGUCAAGGCUUCGUCACAGACGUCGGAACCAGAGGCUUCACAACCUUCAAGUUUAGCUGAAGGCUCGGAGAAGACUGAUUCAGCGUCUCUGGUGGAGUUCCAGAAGGACCCAGAAUCAGCCGAGGUUUCCUCCAAAGUCACUGGCGGUGAUCCGACUGUGUCGCCUGCAGUAGCUACGUCUGACAAAAUAGCCCCAGAGACGGCAGCAGUGAGCAAACAACCAGCAGCCGCGACUCCGAGUCUGACUAUGGGGGAGAAAUUUGAAGCUAAUUUUAAUAAGGAAAAACUCGGCUUCCUCAGCAUGAAAUCUAUCAUGUCGCCAAAAUUCUGUCAAAGGCCUGCGAAGAUGAUGCUGAUAACCAACCUGCCGAAAUACAACGACGGCAGCUACACAGAGGAAGACGUCGCCAAUCUCCUCAUCCCGUUUGGAUUUGUGUAUGACGACGAAAACAUCUACGUGGCUACUCAGGCGUGCGUGGCCUUCUUUGUGAUGCCAUCGCCUCAGUCUGUGCGCUAUCUCAUGAGGUUCACGUCAAAGAAGCGCCUUACGCUCGGGAACUCUGAACUGGACAUUUCUGUCACAAACUGCGACUUUUCAAUGAUCCCGCUGCAGUUUUAUAAAUUCUCGAUGAAGAGGAAGAAGGUGACGAAUUCAUUGCCGGACGAUGCCACUCGAAUAGUCUACGUCAAGAACAUUUCCCCGAGCGAGGUCAAAGUGCUCAAAGAAGAUUUGAGAAAGAUCGAUCAAGUCAAAAACAUCUUUCCUCUCCUCAAUAAGGUCUUUGUUGAAUUUGAGACCAGUGGCGAUGCGGACCGGCUCGGUGUUUGGUACAGUCUCCUGAAAGAUGCUCCUGGUUACAGAAUAUACAGGCUGGAAAUACCAAAGAGCACCACUACGGCGCAACUCCCGAGGUUUCCUCUGAAAGCGAUCCCACACGGUAACACCGCGGCUGUCCCGUCGCUGAAAUACGGUGUUCCGCUGAACAGCGUUCCACCGUUCUGGGUCACGAUACCAACUCGUCCGUUUGUGUUCCCGACCUUGUCCACUUGGUUCAUCAUCCCAAAGUUUUUGACGGUCAGAACAAAGGAGGACGUCUCGAAGGCCAACAAUCAGUUCUUCAGGACUCCCACCAUCAUGUUCACCGGGCUGCCGCAAGGACACUACAAGCACGAGGACGUGGCACGGCUGGUGUGGUCUUACUUCCCCAAACAGACCCUCCAGUCCCUGUACUACAGAGUGUCAGUGCUGACGCUGCAGAGGAGGGCCUUUGUGCGCUUCAAUGACUGGGUCACCUGCUGCAAGUUUGUCCGAGAACACAUCGCAAAGCCGAUUUGUGUCCGAGGCUUCAGGCUCAAGGUCCAUUUCAUCUUUGAGAACGUGCUUAUGGAAUCAACAGAGGAGCUCAUGUACAGGUCUCUGAUGAAACUGAGCAACUCUCGUGUUCCAGAUCGAGAGGCUCUGGAGGAGCGGCUGCUCUGCGUGGAGAUCUCCGAGGCGUCGGUCAACAUCGUCACGGUCGUCCUGGAAGUUGUGGCGUCCAUCGCGCCAUUCGUCAGCUUCCUGCCGCUCGCUAACAGGGUACAACAACGUCGCAAAACGGCGCAUACUUCCAUGUUUCUCUUUUGGUGCUUUCAGAUUUGUGUGGAAAUGGUCGACGCCAGUGGAGUCGCAGAGGUGGUCGAGAAGUACAGGAGUUUCUCCCCCGACUCCCAGAUCAGACGCACGACUUGGGAGAAAGUCCUAUGCUUUGAGAAUAUGAAGAGCCUGAAGCAGCGCCUCGAAGAUGCCAAUGAUGUCACUGUAAUUCUGGAACCAGAAGCUCCCGCAGGCGGCGCACCGGCGAGGGAGGACACUCACAAGCUCGGAGCGGACACUGCAGUCGCAGAGAGUCCGGCAGCCUCUAAAAUCGGCCAGGACAUCAUCACCGCCAUUAAAGCUGCCGUCCACCAGCACAAAACUUCCCGGGGAAGCAGGACGAACAGCGAAGAGAAAGACGUCCGUGAUGAUUUCCGAUCUUCUGACACCUACCUUUCCGAGGUGGAAACAUUCAACAUGGACGACUUUGUCACCGUGGAUGAAGUCGGCAACGAUGUGCAAGACACAGACCCCGACCGGUAUCGAUGCUCCUCGUCCAAGCGGUCCCACAUGGCUGAAAGAGAACAACAGAGAUCGUCAUACGAGUCUGCCAGAAGAAUGUCAACACGGUCAACAAGAAGCUCGAAGAACUCGUCAUCGUCUUCCUCGUAUAAGCCGAGGGAAGUCUCCACUAAGAGGAGCUCGGCGUCUCACUCGACCUCCAUGUCACCGAAAAAGGCCAAACGCUCUCCUGAGCCCAUGAAAUCCCAGACCAAACCUUCAUCCUCUUCGUCUUUACGCUCUCCUGACUCCUCUUCCUCCUCUGACCCGAAGACAAAAUCUCUGGUCAAAGCAACAAGCGCCUCGUCCUCGAGCUGCUGGAUCAGACCGUCGUCUGCUGCUCGUGAGAGGGAAAAGGAAUCGGCAUCUACUGCUGAACCAAAUCCUCCUGAGUCACAGAGUGCAGUUUCACAGUCUGACCACAGAGUGUCAGCAGAGGACACUGCUGCAAAAACUGUUGAGUCAGAGACAAAAACAGAAACCUUAUCAGAGAUGCAUACACCUGCACAAGGACAGGGAUCAGGUCUGAGCCAAAUCCAGAAUCUGGAGAUCGGUUUUAAGGACAACAAAGUCGCAGGUCUGGAGGAAGGGAAAGAUGAUUUACAAAAAGAUACAAAAGAAGAUGAGGACGAUGAUGAAAAUUACCAUGUCCUUGAUUCAUUUGAAGAGCAGCCAGAGAACCAGGUGGAUGAUGACGAUCCACAACCUGAACCAGAGAGCUUCCAAGACGAAACCUUUCAGGUCUUGGACAGCAUCGAGGAUGACGGCGAGCCGAGCCCCGAGAAGUGCAGUGAAAAGGAACCGGACGGGGGAGUCCUUGUGAAAGACAAUUCUGGUUCUGCAGUGAAACAACUGUCUGAGGUUGAUGUAAAUAGAGUUAGCAACAAAUCUGAAGAAAAACCUGCAAGUGAGGACAUAAAUAAUGAAAAUCGUGACAAGAAAGAUCAGAAUAGGAGUGAAGAAGAAGAAGAGGCCUCCAAAGAGGCUGACAAACCUGACGAUCAAAUCCCAAAUGAUGAAGACCAGCUUUGUGAAGACAAAGAUGACGUAAAAGAACUUGAUGGUAAAAUCGCUAAUCACGAACCCUUUGAGAUUUUGGAUUUAACUGAAGAUCAGGUGGCAAUGGAGGACCAUGGCCAAAACCUUGAACCCCGCAGUUACCAGAUGUCUGAAGAUGUCAUCGUGCUCAAAGAAGAUGGAGAAGAGGACGAGACAUAUCAGGUGGUUGAUUCUGUUGAAGAUCAGGCAACAACAACAACAACAGAGUCUGAGGCCGACAACAAGAAAAAGAGAACCAGUAAAUUAGAAACUAGAUCUCCGCGCAGGAGUGGGCGGAGAACCCGAGCAACCAUAGAUGAAGAGAAGGAGGCGUCGCCAAGAAAACGGGACAAGGCAUUGAAAGAACCUGAAACACAAACAAACAAAGGAACCUCUGCCAGAGAAGACCGGGAGACUCAUGAGGUCAAUGAGGUGUACGAAGUAAUAGAUUCUUUUGAAGAUGAACCUGUUCAAGGUGCGUCCAUCUCAGAAAGGUCUAGUCGAAGAAGGAGUGCGAGAGGAAAGAAAGGGGAUCUCCUUGAAACAUCUAAAAAACCUGAUGGAGACACGGAGGCCAUGUAUGAAAUCUUGGACUCUGUGGAAGAUGACAAUGUUACUGAAGAACAGACUGUUGUGACAAGAUCUACCAGAGGGAGAAGGGAGAGGACAACAAACAAAGAUGCUUUUAUUGACCUCACGGACAGAGAGGACACGCCGUCAAGAAGGAGGCGCACUCCUGCCCGAGAAACGCCAAAGAAAGACGUAGAACCCCAAGAGGAAGGCACACCAACAAAGAAGAGUGAUGUCACUGUGAGAGAGGUAGGUGAGGAGGAAGUCACCUAUGAAAUAGUGGACUCUGUGGAGGACGAGAUCGUUAAGGACAAGCGUCCAACUGGAAGAGGAAGAGGAAGACGGGGAAGACCAAAGAAAGACAUGAACAUGACAAAAAAAGGAAUGGGACGGCAGAAGAAGGGUGACAAAGAAGAGGAGAAGGUGUCAUACCAGGUUCUUGAUUCUGUGGAGGAUGAGACGGUUGAUGAUCAUCAUCCUCCUGCAGAACAUUCCAUGUCUGCAAGUGGGACGGGAACAUCGGAAAUUGAUGAGAAGCUUAAAGAGGAAAGUGCAGGAUUACCAAAGAAGGAUGAGGAGGAGGAGCCUGUGUAUCAGAUAGUAGAUUCUGUAGAAGACGAUCAAGUCCAGGAAGAGUUGAUGACGAAUAAAACAAGUGAUGAAAUCAGUCCAAAAGUGGAGGAACCAGCUGUAGAAGAAGAGACAACUUAUAGCACCUCUGUUUUGGAAGCAUCUGAAGAUGUGGUCUAUGGUUUGGAGGAAAUUAGCGAUGCAUCAUCUGCUGAAGAUGAUUUUGGUUUUGAAAAUACGGAACGAACAAAAGUUAACUCUAAAGAAGGUUCCCAACAAGGAACAGAAAUGCCAGCGGAGGAGAAAAACGACAUGAGAAACUUCCUGGUGAACCUGGACGAAGUUAGCGAUGAGGAGGAGGAUUACCCUGAUGACACGGCUGAGGAGGAACAGCUGAGGAAGGCGCGAGCUGCCGCUGAAGAGAGGAGAUUUGCCAAGGAGCAAGAGAGCCAGCAGGAAAAGAGGAGGACCAGGGAGAAGGAGGAGGGGAGGAGAAGCAGAGAGAGGGCGCGAAGGAGCAGCAGCGGAGGAGGAGGGAGCAGUGAUGAACGGAGGAGGAGGGUGAAGGAGAGUCGGAGGGACAAGGACGUGGAGGGGCUGGUGACUCUGGAUGAGGUUGGAGCUGAUGAAGCUGGAGAGGAAGCAGCAGCAGCACAGAAUCUAGAGUGGGGUGGUGAGGUCACGACUGGAGAGCUGCAGGAGCUCGUCACUCUGGACGAAGUCCUAGAAGACGAGGAGGAGGAGGAGGCCAAGGCUGAGGAACGCUCACAAGAGGAACCUUCACUCAACAAAGUGGACGAAUCUGUGGACUCCUUAAACAUUCACAAGACUUUAGAUGAAGCAGGUGUCCAUCAGGAAGCGAAGGUGGAGGAACUGCAGAGAACCGAAUCUGUGAAACGCAAACACGAGACAGACGAGAGCGUUAACUUUGUGACGGUGGACGAGGUGGGAGGAGUCGAGGAGGAGGAAGAAAAGGAAGCUCCGAGGACGAGAGGUCGACCCAAGAAGAAAACCAGAAAAACUCCUGUGAGAAAAUCUGCUCGAGGGAAAAAAGUUGCUACAGAUGAGCAAGGAGAAGACGAGAAACCCGGCUCUGAUGAACCUCCACCACCUCCAGACCCGAUCCAAGCCUUGUCUUCACCGGACAAAGAUCUGACCACGUUACAGAGUGAAGGUCGGCACAAGAUCCAGAAGACGGAGGAGGAAGGAGCGGGUGAAGCCGGCGCCGAUGCUCCCUCUGCUGGACAGGAGCUGCAGUCUGAGAACCAGAGUCUGGAAGGAAGUGUGGAAGAAGAAGAGAAGACACCAGAAGGCAGUGUCGACAUUAAAGCUGUGAGUAAAAGGAGGCGGGAACUCGUCGGGCCUGAGGCAAAGAGGUCUCGUUCUCAGUCUCCUUGUGUUCCUAUCGACGUCAAACUGCCGGCGUUUAAUCCCGACGACUCGUACGGUCGGGAGUUUGUGAUUCCCAAACUGGGCUAUUUCUGUAACCUGUGUCGCGUUUUCUACGUGAACGAGAGCGACACCAGGGACGUCCACUGUAGCAGCCGCACGCACUACGACAACCUGCAGAAUCACUUACAGAAGCUGCAAAACAAACCAUCGAGGAGUUCAGCACAGAAUUCUCAAGGCUCUAUUUCUGAGUGAUCUGUUUUUUUUUUAUCUAUUUUUUGUCUUUUUUUUUAUACAUAUAUAUUAAAAAUAAAGUGUUAUUAAAUUAUGAGUGACUGUGGCCAUGAUGGUCAUAGAAGAAUGGAAAGAAAUAAAAUUUAUAACGCAGUACCUGUUCUGUUUUUACUUUUGGCUGAGAGGAAAAACUAACAUUCCUAAUACAUGACUAAAUGAAAUAAAUGUCUUUCUUUUUUUAUAUAGUGAUGGAUGAUCCAUUUUCUCUGUUCUGUUAUUCUUAUUUCUAGCAACUUGUACUUGUACUCCACUACAUUUACUUGUUACUACCAAAUAAAAUCAGAAGAAGAAGA